UGAGCAGAGCACUCCAGCCACUGCCACGAUGAAGGGAGCACUGCUUGUGCUGGCCCUGCUGGUGACCAGAGAGCUGACCUUUGAGACACGUGAGGCCGAAGCCUGCCCUAUGUUUAGUGCAGCAUUUAGCUCGAUGGCCCUUGGAAGCAAAAUAUUGUUGAACUCAACGCUCAGUUUGGUCGAUGCUACUGAUGGAGAAAAUGAAGCUAUAGGAAGAAUCCAGGAUUGCUUCAAUGAGGCGGGAUUUGAUGACAAACUGUUGAAUAUAAAAAGCAUGAUUUCCGUCAUCUUGAGUGAGGAUUGCAGUGACUAUGUAUUGUCCUCGGUGGUGGAUACUGUUUUAGGAUUAAUUCUCAGUGUGACGUCUCUGGUGAGAUAAUCUUUGCCAGGGAUGCCUGGUCGGCCCUUGAUCUACCUGCCUUAUUCUCCUUCUCAACUAAAGCUGGAAUCAAGACACCUGUUUCACUAAUAUGGUCUCUGUCGGGAUGACUCUAAUAAAAUAACUGCAGCUUU